AUGGCACUCAAUGUUCCUGGUUUGAUAGCUGUGGUCAUUUUCUAUGCUAUGACCCUUGUGACUGGUCUCUGGGCCGCCUGGAAAGCUAAACGAAGAGAGAGGAACACGAGAGAAACCGAGGUGGCCAUUGUCGGGGGAAGGAACUUGAAUAUAUUCGUUGGGCUAUUCACAACUACAGCGACAUGGGUCGGCGGUGCGUAUAUCAAUGGUACGGCAGAAAUCGUUUACCUUCCUACAAAAGGACUUGCCUGGGUUCAUGCACCAUUAGGAUUUGCAGCAACAUUCAUCAUAGGUGCAUUUUUCUUUGUUAAGCCAAUGAGAUCUAAAAAUUACGUGACGAUGAUGGAUCCCCUGCAGGAAACAUUUGGAGAUACAAUGGGGAGUAUUCUGUUUAUUCCACCAUUGCUGGGAGACAUUUUUUGGUUUGCAUCAAUUCUUUCUUCUUUGGGAGCCACCGUCAGGGUUAUCCUGGAUGUCAAAGGAUACUUAUCUAUUAUAAUAUCGGCUUGUACCGUCAUCCUGUAUACUUUGCUUGGUGGCCUCUACUCCGUCGCCUAUACGGACGUCAUCCAGCUGCUCUUUAUGCUAGUCAGUCUGUGGAUUUGUGUACCAUUUACUCUUCUAAAUUCUGCAUCUGAAAACAUUGCUUACACAGCAGUGCAUGGAGUGUACCAAGGGCCCUGGAUUGGUAAUAUACAACCAGAGUACAUUGCAAGAUGGUUGGAUGAUUUGGCUUUUCUGAGUCUGGGAGGCAUUGCAUGGCAGACUUACUUUCAGAGAGUCCUCGCUUCAUCAUCUUCCAAGCAAGCAGUGGUGACUUCCUAUCUCUCAGGACUUCUUUGUGCCAUUAUGGGUAUUCCAUCUAUUCUCAUUGGGGCUGUUGCUGUCUCCACUGAUUGGAACCAGACCAGCUAUGGCUUGCCAACACCAUAUGAGAGGAAUGAGGCAAAUAUGAUUCUUCCGCUAGUUCUCCAGUACCUAUGUCCAACCUAUGUGUCAGUUGCUGGGCUGGGAGCCAUAGCGGCGGCUGUUAUGUCCUCUGCGGACUCUUCGCUUCUGUCAGCCAGCUCUAUGUUUGCCUACAAUAUCUACAAGAAGAUGUUAAGAAAAAACGCCUCCGAGAGAGAAGUCUUAUGGGUCAUGCGCCUGUCAAUGGUCUUGCUGGGCUCUGCAGGCAUGGGAUUGUCGUUCUACUCCAACUCUAUAUAUGAUCUCUGGUUCCUGAGUGGGGAGCUUGUAUAUGCUCUGCUGUUCCCACAACUUUGCUGCGCCCUCUUCAUCCCCAGCGCCAACGUCUACGGCUCCGCAGCUGGAUUUUUCAUUGGUUUUAUUUUACGACUCCUCAGUGGAGAAAACUCCUUAAAAAUACCUCCGGCUCUCCACUACCCAGGAUGCAUCCUUGUUGACGAUACCUAUGUGCAGUUAUUUCCCUUUAAGACGUUUACUAUGUUGGUUAGUCUGAUCACCAUCAUCGUCACUUCGCAUUUGGCGCAGGUUCUUUUCAUGAAGAAGAUUUUGCCGAUUCAGUGGGAUGUGUGCAAUGUAUUUCGGAAGGAUCCGUCUCGCCUCGCUCAACAUGAACUAGAGGAGCAGGUGGGCUUGCAGACCACAUGA